AUGGUAACACAUCAACACUAUAAUUAUCAAUAUCAGCACUUAUACUGGUUUAUUUUUUUACUAAUAUUUUUUAGACAUAUUAACAUAACUAACAGUGAAAAUUACUCGAAAGAAUUGUCACUAUCUUUAGAAAGUACAGUAAACUCGUAUAAUGAGAGUAAGUUCACAAUUAAAAGAACUCAGUUAUCCUCUCAAGUUUAUACAAGCAAUAAUACUAACAUUUAUAACAAAUUAACACCUAGAAAUAAUAGGAAAACUCAACAGAGGCAUGCUAGUGAGUCAAUAUCAAUAGAGGAAUCUCAAUAUAGUGAGAUAUGUUCUAGUUUACCCAAAAAUAUAAAUGAAAUAGAAGAGAGAUUUUGGACACACCUAGUAUUUAUGCAUGCUGAUAAUAAUCUUGAAUCAAUGGCUUUAGUUGAUUUAGCUGAAAUGUCAUCUCCAUUGCAUCCAGAGACAGUAAACUACGUGCAUUUAGUAGUAUACAUUGAUAGAUGUAAAGAUUAUACAAACAAAGAUGUUAUGGUUCCAAUUAUCUCUUGUCCAAAAAGUGGGCUAAGUAAGAUAAAUAUAAAACAAGAACAAGUUAACCAAAAUUUUACAGGGGCAUAUAUUUUAUAUAGGUGGAAGCUAAAUAAAGAACUUGAAGAAAAAUUGGGAAUUACAUUUGUAUGGAUAUUAAUAGACGAUUUAGAAGAAGUAGAUUCAAAUUCACCUACUGUACUCUCGAAUUUUAUCACCAAUUCACUUGACAUGUUUCCAUCUUUACAUCUAGCACUAACUCUAUGGAAUCAUGGAUCUGGAUGGGUUGGAUUUGGUGAUGACCAUGAUAAUGCAGAUGGAUCUGGUAUGCAUUUGGAUCAAAUGUAUAGAGGAAUAAAAGAUGGAAUUAAUAAUAGUCUUAGGGGAUCAAAAAACGGAAUGGGAGCAACAAAUCAGCUUGUAUUUGAUGUGUUAGGUUUUGAUGCUUGUUUAAUGAUGCAAUAUGAUGUAUUAGAAAUAAUGAGACCAUUAGCAGCUUAUAUUUUAGCAAGUGAAGAUAAUGAACCAGGACAUGGUUGGAAUUUUAGGACUAUAAAUCCAGCAACAAAAAUAUCAUAUUCUACUAAUGCAAUAGGUAAGAACUCAGAAUUAAAAGAUAGAAAUAAUAAUAAUUCACAAGUUUUCUCAUACAGAGCAGCUACUCCACUAGAAUAUGUUUCAAGAAUUGUAUAUGGGUAUUCUUUACAUGCUAAGAGUUAUCCACUAACUUUAUCAGCAAUAAACACGGAUUUACUAGAUAUAUUUAUGAACCAUUUAUAUAACUUGAUAGUUCUACUAUACCGUUGUGGUGGUGAUUAUAUUAGUGUAAUAAUAAAAAAAUCUAUUUUAAAUUCUCGUAAAAUUGAAAAUUGCGACAUAAUAAAUCUUUGUAGCUGCUUUGACUUGGGUGAUAUGCUAGAGCAAUUGCGAGGCUAUCUAGCAGAAGAGAUUGCUUUAGAUACUACUAUACAGGAGUUACUAGCUUUAACACUGAAUUCAUAUUAUAAUAUGCAAGUUGUAAGUGUUAAUAUUCAAAGGGACAAAACUAGUUUAUCGAUAGAUGAAUCAUUAGGUAACGAUAGUCUUUGGACAGGUAUAUCAUUGUACUUCCCUAAUGUCCUCCAAUCUAUUAGUUGUAGUAAUACAAGAGUUGCAAAACAAUUAUCUCUUAUAUAUAUGAGACAAUCAAAAUCUGAAUGGGGACAGUAUAUUAAUGAUAUUUCAAGGGAUAGACCUGGCCAGUACUGCAAUCUCUUUAGUAGUAAAUUUGGGGAAGAAAAGAAACCAAAAUUUACUGAUUUGAAAACAAGCGUGAAAUUAAUUGAAGAUAACAACUCAAAUUCAAAAUAUAUUGUGAUGAAGAUGAGUAAUAACACUAUUAUGUCUCAAUCAAUUAUAUCAUAUCCUCUACUCGGUACUCUAAAUAAAACUAUUCCUGUCUCUUCCAUAAUACUUAAUAAAGUUGAGUCUAAAGGUAUCAUUAAUAUUAAAUGGAGAACAUUUGCUUAUGAGAUUAAACAGAAAAUUUUAGUGCAUAAAGAACCUUAUAAUGAAUAUCAAGAUCCACGAGUUAAGAUCUUCAAACCAUCAUCUUGUGAUCAUUUAAAUUGUUGGUAUAGAUCCAAUAUAACAAUAAUGUCUAAUUAUAAUAAUGAUUAUAUGAUUGGCCACUUUAUGUUAUAUGAAACUUUAAAAGAUCUAGAAUUGAAAAAUGGAUAUAUGGCAUACUUAACAAUUUCAAACAAAGAUACAAGUAAUUUGAAAAAAUCUCAAACUUUGUAUAUAUCGACUCCAGGUGGAGUAAUUGAACGUCCUGAAAAUGAACCAUGCUUUUUAAUUCCAAUAGUUUAUCAUAUUGAACCUAUAUCAAGUACUAGUUCAAUUUAUAUUAAUGAAAUGAUACAAAAAAUUCAAGAAGUGUAUAAUAUAAUAUCAGAUAUAUUAAAUAGUAUGACUGCACCAUCAUUUGGAAUAAAAGUGUUAUCAAGAUAUGAUACUGAUUCUAUUAAAUCUAGAAAAGUCAAAUUAAUAACAUAUAUUCAGAAUCAUGCUAUAUUUAUUUGGGGUAAUGAAAGUACUAAUAUUAAAAAUAAUAGCCUUAAUUUCAUUAGUCCUAUAAAAUUAAAUAUAAUGGAUAUUGAACCUAGUUUAAAUAGUUAUAGUAGAAUACUUGUUAGUAGCUAUAGUGAAUACUCAAAUGGACUUGAUAAUUUACUUACAUUAGGAAUAUCAAUUAAUGGAAAAAACUUUACUAGAGAAUGCUUGGAUGAAUGGAUAAAUGAUGGAAUAUGUGAUAUUUUCUGCAUAAAAGAUAUAAAUGAUUGUGGUAAUAUAAAAGAUGAGUUUCCAAAGUUUGAAAUCGAAUAUCCUCUUUCUAAUAAACAGAAAUAUAUAAUAAAUCCAAAUUCACAUGUUCAAUGUACUCCAAACAAUUUAGAUUUAUCGGAACAAUGUUGGGAGGAUUCAGUUUGUAGACGCUCAAGUUAUUCUAAUAAAUACUAUUGUAUAUGCCCACUAGGGUAUCGUCAUCAAAUUAUAAAGUUAAUAAAUAGAUCUACAGGUGAGAUAUUAUAUCGACAUAAUUGUGAAGAUAUUGAUGAAUGUUCUGAACACUCAAGACAAUGGAUAAUUGAAGAGAAUGAACAAACUGAAGGUGACUUAUAUAAUGGAUAUAAUUUUAAUGAAGCAGUUUAUCCUAGUAUUGAAAGAGGUGAAGAAAUUUCAGAUAUAUUAAAUUCACCUUUUUCAUUUAUUAAAAGACAUGUUGUAACCCCAUCAGGCUUAAAAAGACCAUGUCACCCAAAUGCAGUUUGUAUUAACAAAAAAGGUAGUUUUGAUUGUAAAUGUAAGCAAGGUUUUCAUGGAGAUGGAAAAUUACUAUGUAUUAAAGAUAAUUUAUGCUCAGAUUAUGAAAAUAGUUAUUCACAAGCUUAUUCUUGUCCUGAAGGAUUACAUUGUUUAAGCAACUAUAGUCAAAAUAAUGAUUUAUAUAAUGAUUUAUAUAAUAGAAAUAUUACACUAAAAAAUAUUUGUGGUUGUAAAACGGGAUAUAAAAUGGCUCUAUCAUUAAGUUCAAAACCAAUCUGUGUUGACAUAGAUGAAUGUAAAAUUGACAGUGAUAGUCGGAUUGGUAUAAUAAAAUCUCAUCAAUGUAGCUUAAAUUCAAUAUGUACAAAUACUAUUGGCUCAUUUAUCUGCUCCUGUCCAGUCGGUUGGAUUGGAAAUGGAUAUAUUUGUUCACCAAAAACAGGAGGAGAUAUAGCAAUUCAGGUUGAACUAUCUGCUUCUUUUGAAAAGUUAAAAGUGCUUGGUUAUGCUUCAAUAAAAAACAUAUUUAAACAAUCUAUUAUAGAAGUAUUAGAUAUACCAAAUGAACUUAUUGAAAUAACUAGUUUAUGGAUUAAUCCAAUAAAUGAGACUAUAAAAAUAUAUAUACAUCUACUUGAAAAUUCAGGUUAUAAAAAUAAAAACAUAUUCCCAUCAUUCUACAAAAAUAAAAAAUCUGUAAAUAAUAUAACAGAAAACAGUUCAUUUAAUAAUGUAAAUAAUGGAAUUAAAUUACUUGAUUUAUUUACUACUAGUUCUUCAAAAUGGUAUUCAUCAACUUACUUCGGACAUAUUUUUGGUUCUACAGUAAAUCCUACAAAAAUUAUAUCUGGUUUGGUAGAACAAAAAUCUGUAAAUAUUAUUGAUAAAAUUCUAUUAUCAUUAUUUCCUGAAAGUACAUAUAAUGAUCUAAAAAUAUCACCAUAUGGGAAUCCAAUUGGAAUUUUAAUCUUUACUACUAUUUCUGUUUGGUGUAUAUCAUUAUUUCUAAUAAUUCUCACCGUAAUUCUCCAUAUUAUUUUAUUAAGUUGUCUUAGAAAUCAAAAUCGCAAUGAAAUAGAAAAAAGUGAUUUAAAUCAUUAUAAAGAAAGUAUAAGUAAUGACCUAAAUCCAUUUAAAUCACAAAUAUUUUCAUUAGAACUUUCAAGUAUGUCAGGAAGUCAUUAA